AUGGAUCCACGUGAAGCAGCACAGUAUGGGAAUGUUGAAAGGCUGCAACAAUUGCUAGAUAGCGGUGCUAUUACCCCGGACUGGACCGACUCGGACGACUGCUCUCUUCUUCACUGGGCUGCCAUCAACAAUCGAUUACAUGUAGCUGAGCUCCUCCUACGGCGGCGAGCCAAUGUGAAUGCUGUAGGAGGUGUGCUGGCUUCGACACCGCUUCACUGGGCUGCUCGACAGGGACACGUUUUGAUGGUAGCCUUUCUGGUGACAAAUGGUGCUCAGGUGGAAAAACGCGAUGUUGAAGGAUUCACUCCACUCCAUGUCGCAGCUCAAUUUGGCGCCACUCCUGUCGUCGGUUACCUCAUCGCCCGGGGUCAAUCAGUCGACGCUCCAGAUGAGUCCCGGAUAACGCCAGCGAUGUGGGCAGCAGCGAAGUGUUCUCAAACCGAUCCCCUGCAAUUGUUGAUCACUCUCGGUGCUGAUGUGAAUAAAGCCGAUGCUGCCUACCAUAAUACUCCACUUCAUUGGGCUGCUACCAAUGGAAAUAUUACUGCUGUAAAUACUCUUCUCAAAGCUGAUUGCGAUCUAGCGGCAACAAAUCGCGAUAACGAAACCGCACUGGACAUCGCUGUACGUCGUGGUGACGCCAUUAUCAUCUCGAGAAUCGAGUUAGCGGCACGACAAAAGGGCCUCAUGAACUCCACAUGGAGGCAAAAACUCACCGAAAAUAAGAACACCUCAAGGCGGAUACUCUGGUGUGUGCCGUUCUUCCUCUACUUCUGUAUAUGGCUGAUUCUUCACCUGAGUACCUCACUUUCCAUUAAACUCGCUUAUCUCCUGCUAACUGCCAUUUUCUGCAAGUAUUUUCCACUAAAAUUCUCAAACUCUGAUCUACUGGACUCGAUACCGCCAUCAAUAGCGACUUCGACGAAAGUCACCCUGAUUCUCACUUGGUUUUUCUAUCUACAACCCAUAUCUACAUGGUACAUGCAAAUCGCAUUUUCACUUUCUAUUUUCGUGCUACCAUUCACGUUCUUCACGGUGUCUUAUUGUGAUCCGGGUUACAUCAAUACCACUUAUCAAGAGAGAUGUAAAACUAUUAUCAAUAUUAGUGAGGGGAAAUGCUCAUCAACAACGUUCUGUCCAACAUGUUUAUUAAUGAAACCGAACAGGUCCAAACACUGUCGGUAUUGUAAUCGAUGUGUUUCAAGAUUCGAUCACCACUGUCCGUGGAUCAACAAUUGUGUAGCUGCUAAUAAUCAUCGAGGUUUUAUCUGUUAUUUGCUGGUAAUUUCCGUUUCAACGGCGUUAUUUUGUUCUGCAGUUAUUUUAUAUUGGAGGGAUAUAUGUAUGGUGCACUCUAUGAAUGAUAUAAUCGCAUGUGAUCACUGGCUGUUAUUCGCCUUCCUGGUCAGUGCAGGAGUAUGUGGCUGGUCAUCAGCCAUGACCGGAAUUCAAUUCUAUCAAAUCGUAAUGGAAGUGACGACUAAUGAACGUUUGAAUAUUCAUCGUUAUUCACAAUUUCAAAUUGGUGUUAAUCAACUCGACAUUCGGAGUCCGUAUGAGUAA